UCUCCGAGAUCGGUUUCUUUCAUCAAUGCAUAACGUAAAAUUGUUCUAUUUUAUAGCGAUAUUUCUUAUGAAUUCUAUAUUCGAUUGAAUUUGUUUAAAAAAAGAAAACGAAAGCAAUGGAUGAUAAGCGCGUCUCUUUGGCGGAAAUAGCGCCUAUCAUCUUGAACGAUGCGUCUCAAGAUUCAAAAUUUCCAAACUACAAAAUUCACAAAUGUCACUCGAAGAAACGCGACGACACGCAAAAUGAAGAAAGUAUACAAGACGUGAUCGAUUGCGAAAAUGUACCCACGAUUUAUAUUGAGACGUCGGACGAGGACGACGUAUCCGAGAGAUCGUUUUCGGGUGAUGUCGAACGAAUGGAGACCCAACUUCCACUCACGACAGAUCUAGGAUCAUCCGUCGACUAUGGAAGAGAAUUCGCAUCACUCCUUCACGAGCGCGCUCAGAAUCUCUGGUUGGAGAUGACGAGCCUUCGGGAAAAACUAGCCAAAGAAACGGCUCUUUGGAAAAAAGAAAAAGAGGAAUUUCAAUUUUUACGCGAAAGAAGCAAUGCUCUUGCGUUUGAAGAGGCAACCGCCGCCGCGCUGGCCGCAGCCGCGGCUUAUGCCGUUGAAUCGCCGCUCUCAAGCGAUUUAGGUAACAUCGUCGAUUUUACGUCAGAACCGAAUAUCAGGGAACUCACGAUACUCGAGUACGAGAAAAAUCUCGCUAAGUAUCACGACCGACACUCCUUAGAGCAAGCUGAGCAACGUUACAAUUCGUACAAACGCGCGCUUGUCGACGCCUACAAGCAGAAGCUGUCGGAAGUCGAGCGUCUCUGCGACGAGGAAUUGGAGAACAUACAGCAAAACGCAAGCUGCUUACAACCCUUCCAGGAGAUUGCGUCUCAAUGGUCCGUCGACGAGAACGAUCACGGUGAUUCGCAGCACGGUUGCGACAAUCAAUCCGAAUCCACGGAGCCAUCCAAAAUCGUCGAAACCAGUCCAAGCAAUGACUGGUGCAUAUAUGGAAAAAUCGACAAUGAGGUCAACAUGAUUCCGGAAAUUCUGUCUGUCCGUUUCAAACGAGACGAAACAACAUAAGAGUCAUUCUGCUCUCUACUUUUAUUAAUGAUUAUUAUUGUUAAUAUUAUUUUAUAAUUAUAUA